AUGAGUAAUAUUGCUGCGACAGAUUACACAAAUUCUGUUUACUCCGCAAAUGUAGACUCCUUACCAUCCACUGCUUUCCUUCAGAUCGUUUCAACCCACUUCAUCUGUAACGCCGCGGUCGAUGUUUUCGCUAUACUUUCCAGAUUUCCUAAAAAAUUAGGAUCAAUUAAACAUCAUGGAAGUGGCGAUAAUAUUAUCCAUCGUAAUAAUAACAAUAAAAAUUCAAUUUCACCGAAUCCUGACACUCUACCAAAUUCAUCAUUUACACGUACAAUAUCGGAUCCGGAGACAGCGAUGCAACAAAAACGUCAACGUACAUUAGAAGCUAAAUUUAUGCAAAUGUUACAUCAUGAUAAUAUUGGAUCAGGUACGUUUGAGAAGUAG